AUGCGAUCGAUUCUCUAUUUGUUCAUUCUUUUUGCAGCCACAUUUUCACUUGUGUCUGCAGCUCCACAGAAAGUUCUUUCACCUUCAGAAGAUCCGUUCUAUACGCCACCCCAGAAUUAUUCUGAGUACAAAUUGGGUGAAGUGAUAAAGAAACGGAAAUCGCCUCAUAAGCUUAGGAGUGUGUAUCUUUCACUCAAUGUUAAAAAUGCGUGGCAAAUGAUGUACAGAACUUCUGACACAUUAGGAAAACCUACAUAUGCUAUCACCACCUUAAUUGAGCCAUACAAUGCAAACUCUACACGAUUGGUACAAUACCUGAUUGCUCAAGACUCUGCAUCUGUUGACUGCCCUGCAUCCUAUGCUUUUCAAUAUGGUGCAAGUAUGCUGACGGUCACUUCUCAAGUGGAAAUGUUUUUGAUUCAAAUUGCCUUAGACCAAGGUUGGUGGAUCAAUACUGCAGAUUAUGAAGGUCCUAAGUCUGCAUUUACAGCUGGUAGGUUAGCAGGACAUGCAGUUUUAGAUUCAAUCAGGGCAGUUAGGAAUGUAGCCGAAACUGAUGAUGUGGCCAUAGAAAAGAAUGCAGACAUUGUACUCUGGGGUUAUUCGGGGGGUUCUCUUGCAUCAGGAUGGGCUGCCGGUCUCCAGAAGAAUUAUGCCCCAGAAUUAACUCCACAGCUCAAGGGUGUUUGUCUUGGAGGGUUCCCAGCAAAUAUAACUCAUACAAUUGAUGCUAUUGAUGGAGGGUUUUAUGCCGGAAUUUUGGGUGCUGGUAUCACUGGGUUGAGUAGAGAGUAUCCAAUUCUAACCAAAUAUAUUGCUAACGUACUUCCAAAACUGUAUAAUUGGAUUUUCAAUAUGGCUGCAAAUUCUUGUUUGGCACCGGCAGUGGCUUAUAUGUUAUAUUCUCAAGUUUUUGAUGGUGAGCAUAGAUGGGUCCCCACUGGAAGAGCUGUCUUUAAGGAACCAGAAGUUGUUGCUGUUCUUAGAAAUAACACUAUGGGUGUUAGUAUAGAUGAUAUGCCACAAAUUCCAGUAUUCUGGUACCAUGGAAGAAAGGACAACAUUGUUCCUGCUGUUAAUGCUGACAUUUUAUAUACUCAAUGGCAAGAAAUGGGAAUUAAAUCUUUAGAACUUUCCAUUUCAAAUACAACCAGACACAUUACUGAGGCUGCAUUAGGUGCACCCGCUGCAGUUGCUUGGAUUACAAAAAGAUUUGAAGGCAAAGAGCCAAUUAAUGGGUGUCUGAAAACUGAGAGGUAUAGUAAUCUUCUAUACCCAGGAGUUAGUAAGGCAGUCGUUGAGACUGUAAGAGCUGCUGGUAAGUCUGUAUUCGGUUUUGAGAUUGGACCUGCAACCCUGGAAAACAGUAAGGUUUUAAGAAGAUCGAAUGGUGAACCAAUGGAUUAUGAUGAUGCAGUAGAGAUGAAAAUUCGAGAAGAAAAUCUUAAAUUGAAAAAAAGAGGUUUAAUUCCUGAGAGAUUAUAG